AUGUGUUUCUUGCAAAAUGUUUUGAGGAAAUUGGACCACAGCACCGCCGGGUACAGCAAGAUCAGGACGGAGGUGAAUGCUUGGGAUGAACGAAUCAAAGAGAUCGUGUGGGGGUUCGAAGAUAUACUCGAAUCCCACGUUGUAGACCAGAUACUUCCGCAACUCGAAAGCUCAGAAAGUUUCUUUGUAGAUCUGCAGCCUCUGCAACAGAAUGUUUCUAUCUUCGUCAAGAUAGUGAAGAUGCUGGAGGGAGCAUACUUUGCAGAACUGGCGAAUAUGCCUGAAGAAGAAGGCGAACCUGUUUCCUCAAGGAUUGAUUUUGGUGGAAUCAACUCAAAAAUGGUUGGAUUAUCUGAUCAAUUUGAACAAGUCAGGGAUCGUCUGAUCAAAGGUGAAGAGGAUCGGUUAUUAGUUACUGGGAUGGCGGGGGUUGGAAAGACCACUCUUGUUAAGAAAGUAUUUGACGAUCCAUCCAUUCAGAGACAUUUCGAUCUUCGAGCAUGGGUCAAAAUAGGCAGAAAAUGGGAAGGCAAUGAUACAUUACGCUGUAUUCUAGCUCAGGUGGAUCCCAACACUGACCACCAAAUGCUUACCCACGGAGACUAUGAUGACGAAGAGACAUUGUUUAGACGCUUGGAAGGCAUAUUGAAGUCUAAGAAAUGUCUCAUUGUGUUGGAUGAUGUAUGGGACACACGAUUCAUGCGUUACCUGUUGGAUAAUUUGUCACAAAAGAAUGUCCGAAUUUUGUUUACAAGCAGGAUAAAUAAUAAAGCUUCUCCAUUUCAUAAAGUACGUUUAUUGAAUAAAGAAGAGAGUGAGAAAUUACUUGGUGAGGAGGUGUUCGGUGAAGAAGGUUUCCCACCUUACCUUCAGGAAGUGGGAGAAAAGAUUGCAAAAAAAUGUGAAGGUCUUCCACUUAUGAUAGUUGAGGUUGCAAAGCUCCUAACAGAAGCCAACAGGAGUACCCGAGAAGAGCUUAACAUGAGUAUCCAAGAAUACUGGACAAAGGUAGCCGAAAAACAACAUAAUCCAGUCUUUGAGGAUGCAUAUGAUCAAAUAUCCGAGGUAUUUUUCCCAAGCUAUGAAUACUUACCUCAAUUUCUUAAAAUGGUUUUUCUCUAUUUGGGAGCUUAUCCCCCGUAUUGUAAUAUUAACCUAGAAUAUGACCUGUUUCCUAUAAAUGCUGAGGGGUUUGUUGACAAAAUUGACAAUUUGAGAGAGCAUGAGGUUGGAAAUCAGACUAUGCACGUGUUUACUUGCCUGGUUGAGCUUGCUGAUGCAUAUCAUCUUCUACUAUUGGAUUUUGAUCGAGUAUCUUGGUUUUCAAAACAAGAUUUUCGUGUGCACUCUUGCUGGCAGCACUUGUGUAAGAAAGAAGCGAGUAAAAUCAAGUUUUUGCAUGUUUUACAAAGUUGCUAUGAAGUUAUGGAAGACCAGCGUCAGCGUCGAUUGUGUGUCCAUUCCAGCACUUUACUUGCCAUCAAAGAAGUGUAUGAUUCAAUAAAACGUGAUAGUCCAUCCACUAUCCGUUCUCUCCUUUGUUAUGGUCCUGGUCACCCUUAUCCAGUUCCAAUACAUGCCAUGGAUUUCAAGUUGCUCAGGGUACUAAAUGCCCUUAAGGUCCGAUUUUAUCAUAUCCCAUCUGAAAUCCUAAAACUCGUUUGCCUAAAGUAUCUUGCCCUAACUUGCAACAAAGACCUACCUGUUUCCAUAUCCAACCUUUUGCACCUUCAAUUCUUGCGUAUCCUUCCAUAUGUGCACAUUAUAAAGCGUGGAGCUCUGGCAUAUAUGCCAAUGGAAAUAUGGGACAUGCAAAACCUACAAUUUCUUGACGUCUUUGGAAGAGACCUGCCCACCCCCAAUUCCAAUUCUAAUGCUAUUUUGGACAAAGUCUUUUUUAUUUCAGGCGUGAGUACAAAGAGUUGCACUACAGAAAUUUUCAAAAGAAUCCCAAAUUUACAGCAUUUACUACUUAUGAGGAUGAGGAAGCCUUAUGAUGAAGACGAUGAUAGCGACUCAUUGAGUGGCUUGGCUAAUAUCUCAGGAGAACUCCACAAUUUGUCUAGUCUUCAAUUUGCUGUAUUUUACCCUGAUAUGAAGUGGGCAACUCUGGUUCCUCUGUCAAUGUUCCCAUCAAGUCUUAAUGGAUUGACGUUGAGUGGUUUAGGAUGUCCUUGGCAGAACAUGAACGACAUUGGUUCGAUGCUACCAAAUCUUAUUACCCUCAAGUUAGAACAUUAUGCCUUUCAAGGCCCAGAGUGGGAUUUAGACUUGAGGUGUUUUUUGAAACUUGAGAUACUUGUAAUUGAAGACACCGAUUUGGUGCAAUGGAGAGCUCAACAUGGAAGCCUCCCAAGGCUUAAGCUCUUAAGCAUACGACAUUGCUACAAGUUAAGACAUCUCGAUUGGAUGCGUGAUUCCUCAAUGGUCACACAAAGAAAGGCUACAAUUGAAUUAAUAGACUGCAAUCCCUUAGUUUACGAAUCUGCUGCGAGAUUACCAGAAUCUCUCUUUGCAUUUCGUAUCCACCGUUCUUAUUAAUGAUGAGAAGUCGCAGCCGGACUCUCAGCUUGGUUAACAGCCAAUGAGAGAAAUAAAAUGGGUCAGAUGUCGCAUGAUCCCAAGUGUGUUUCCAUGUUGUUUCCUGAAUUCAAGGAUAUUGAUUUGUUGGAUUUUGUUGAGAAUUGUGAAACUUGAUUCUUGAAUUAUGAAACUUGAUUCUUGAAUUAUGUGUGUAACCAAAACUAUUGUCAGUUAAAUUUCUGUUAAAACAUCUGAUCAUACGAGUGAAGUAACACCCUCGUCCACCGUGACUCCGGCUACACAGGCCGGAGAGCAUGGAGGAUAAAGCUCAAGAGGCUGAAGGGAUGAAGACAGCCGGACGUCUGAAGAGGAAGUCGAAGCCGCCGGCCAAAUAUGGGGAAUUUGUGUCACGUUGGCUUAAGU